GGGUGGUUAACGUGCAAUGCAGGGAAAAGGAAAGCAUGAAAGCAGUGCUUGCAAGGCACAGAUGCCAAGAUGAUCCCUUCUUCAUUCAAUCUCCCUUGCCUUAUGCCGUAAUUUAUUCGAUGUUCUCUCAGAGAGUCUUUUCUCCCCCACCUCCGUUUUUAAAUUCCUCUUCUCUUUCCCAUCUCUUCCAUCACGCUCUUUCCCUUGUCCGAUUUGGAAAGAGCACGGACGCACACACACACAGAGACAAAAAGUCCGUUGUUCUCUUCACCGCGCUCCCUUCUAAUUUAUUAAAAGUUUCUCCUUCCAUUUCCUCUUCUCGUGUUUUGGAAUUUUGAUCCUCUGAUCGGCGCCGAGCUCGACCGUGUUGAGAAUUUUCGUUUUCAUUGUUCGCGUUCGCGUUGGAUCUUUCGUAAUCUUCUGUGGCCGUGGUUUCUCUAACGAAUAAAACAUAUACAAGCGAAGCAUUCCGGGUUCUUCGUUUUAAUUUUUUGGGCUUUGUUUUCUUGGAGGGAAAUAUUUCGCGUGAUUUUCUUUUUUGGGGUGGUUAGCUAAUAGAGUUGUACAUAUACGGUUGCGGGCCGCGAGAGAGGGAAAUAUUUUGAGAACUUUUGAGUUUGUAUUAUCAAAUUCUUGCUUUAUCAUCAUGCCAUCUGAGAUAAUGGACCUUCAGAGUUUGUCUUCACCAUCCUUCUUCUCUGAUGAUAUACGUUUUUCCAGUGAGCAAAGGCAGGUUGGGUUUUGGAAAUCGGACACCGUGCUUGAUCAGCGUGCUUGUAAGAAGCCCGUCGCUUCAUCAACCAUGGAGAAAAUUAUUCCAGUGGAAAGUCAGAGAACAAGAUAUCUGGAGCAUACUGAGCCAUUCACCAAGCAAGACCAGAAUGUGAAUCUAUGCAUAGAUAGCCAUGCAGUGGGAGCAGAGAGAGUGUCCAAUCAGUCAUUAAAGUUGUUGAGACCUAUGAACCAAGGUCCAGGAACAAAAUUGAGUUUUAAUGGAGAUCAUGAAUUUCAUUUUGCAGAAGGGAACAAAGUUAACACCAUGACUUCCCAGUAUGAGAACAGUCUCUUUUCAAGCUCGUUUACAGAGUUAUUUACUAGGAAGUUGAGAUUAGCUUCACACAAUUCUCUAUAUGGGCAUUCAAUUGAUACUGUUGCUUCACACUAUGAGGAAGAGGAACUGGAACCGUUUGAAUCCGUUGAAGAACUUGAGGCCCAAACCAUUGGAAAUCUUCUGCCUAAUGAUGAUGACUUGUUUUCUGGAGUGACUGAAGGACUUGAUUUCAUUGUCCUACCAAAUAGUGCAGAGGAGGCAGAAGAGCUAGAUGUUUUCAGCAGUGUCGGAGGGAUGGAUUUAGGAGAUGAUGGUUCCACUUUUGUGCGAAAAAAUUCUGAAUUUCCUGGGGAAAGUCACCUGGCGUUAUGUAAUGGUUCAGUAGUAGGAGAAUACCCGUGUGGUGAACACCCUUCUAGAACACUGUUUGUGAGAAACAUAAACAGUAAUGUUGAAGAUUCUGAAUUAAAGGCCCUUUUUGAGCAAUACGGUGACAUUCGUACUCUUUACACUAGUUGCAAGCAACGUGGUUUUGUUAUGAUCUCUUAUUAUGAUAUUAGAGCGGCAGGAAAUGCAAUGAAAGCUCUCCAGAAUAGACCGUUGAGGUGUAGGAAACUUGACAUUCAUUACUCAAUUCCAAAGGAUAAUCCUUCAGAGAAGGAUGAAAAUCAAGGCACUUUAGUUGUAUUUAACCUUGAUUCAUCUGUUUCAAAUGAUGAACUUCAUCAGGUUUUUGGUGCCUAUGGAGAAAUCAAGGAGAUACGUGAAACACCACACAGAGGUCAACACAAAUUCAUUGAGUUUUAUGAUGUUAGAUCUGCUGAGGCUGCUCUUCAUGCAUUGAACAGGAGUGAUAUUGCUGGGAAGCAGAUUAAGGUUGAGCCUAGUUAUCCUGGGGGUUCAAGAAAAUGUUCGGUGCAACAGCUUCCUUCAGAGCAGCGAGAUGAAUGUUGCCCUUAUGAGCAACCACGUAGUCCCUCUAAUAACACAACUGCGGCAUUUUCUGUUGGGCCAAACUCAUCAAAUAAUAAGGAUAAUGGAGCUAGUUUGGGGGUGAACUCUGCUAUUCAAGCCCCUUUUUUGGAAUCGACAAUUCAUCAUGGAAUCUCUUCCAGCAUGUCGAACAGUGUAACCUCCAUGGUUAGAGUGGGAUCAACUGGCAAUCAAUCAGUCAUUGCUGAGUCAGGUCACCUGCAAGGUCAACUCAAAUCUGAUGUCCAAGGGGCACCGACCUUUCAUCCUCAUUCACUACCAGAGUAUCAGAAUGGUUUAAGCCGAGGUGUUCACUCCAAUUCUUCAGGCCCCAUGGCUGCAAGCAUUAAUUCCAAACCACUGGAAAUAAUUGAUAAUAGGCCAUUGUCCAGAAUUAGCUCAAGUGGGCACUCAUUUGAAUUUAGGAAAGCUGGUCUUCCAUCUCCUGGAAACGGGAGCCAUCUUCCUGGACAUCAUUAUGCAUGGAGUAACUCUUAUCACCGCCAGCCUCCAGGCAUGAUGUGGCCUAACUCACCUUCAUUAGUUAAUGGAAUUUGUGCUGCUCACCCUACGGCACAGCUUGAUGGACUUCCUAGGGUACCAUCUCAUAUGAUGAACACUGGUCUACCCAUAAAUAACCACCAUGUGGGAUCAGCACCAACUGUUAAUCCUUCUUUUUGGGAAAGGCGACAUGCCUAUGCAGGGGAAUCUCCUGAGACUUCUACUUUUCUUCCGGGUUCUCUUGGCUGUAUGAGAGGUUCUAAUAACUCGCCACAUUCUAUGGAGUUAAUUUCUCAUAAUAUCUUUCCUCAUGUUGGUGGAAACUUUAUGGACCUAUCAAUGUCUCAAAAAGAUGUAGGACUCCAGUUACUUCACCCAAAGUCCACAGUGUAUAAUGCGAGAGGCCAAAUGAUUCCGAUUAUGAAUUCAGUUGAUUCUCCUCAUGAACGUGCUAGAAGCCGGAGGAAUGAGGGCAGUAUUAAUCAGGCUGACAGGAAGCAGUACGAACUUGAUAUUGACCGCAUAAUACGGGGGAAAGACAAGAGAACAACAGUUAUGAUAAAGAACAUUCCUAACAAGUAUACCUCAAAGAUGCUUUUGGCUGCAAUUGACGAACGCCAUCGAGGAACUUAUGAUUUCAUUUAUUUGCCAAUUGAUUUCAAGAAUAAAUGCAAUGUCGGAUAUGCCUUUAUCAACAUGAUUGAUCCUAGCCAAAUUAUUCCCUUUUAUGAGGCAUUCAAUGGAAAGAAGUGGGAGAAGUUCAACAGUGAGAAGGUGGCAUCACUUGCUUAUGCUCGUAUUCAAGGAAAAGCAGCCCUUAUUGCACAUUUUCAGAAUUCGAGCUUGAUGAAUGAGGAUAAGAGAUGCCGACCUAUACUCUUUAACACUGACGGCCCCAAUGCAGGUGAUCAGGUGCCAUUCCCAAUGGGGGUUAACGUUCGAACAAGACCUGGAAAAGCACCUUCCCCAAGCCAUGAGGAGAACGAUCAUGAAAGCCCUUCAAAAUUGGAAAAUGAAGAGAAUUCUUCCAAUGGAGAAACUUGUUCUUCAAAGGAAUGAGGCUAAGGAAGUCGAUUAUUAUUGUGGGCACUACCUUCUAGCAUAGAGUAUUGCAAAACUGCUGCCACCCAAAAUCUUGGUACAGAUAUCAGGGAUAUAUGUAAAGAGGGGAAAGUAAAAAAAAAAAAAAAAGAACGUUAAAUGAAUCUUUUAUGAGGAGGCUCUCGAAAGAACUAGAGAAAAUUUGCUUAGAUGAAACUUCAAGUGAUUCUAAAAUUUUCUUCGGGUUUACUUAAAUUCUAGAGCAGGUUAGAAAAAGAAGCAUUAGUAGUGGAGCUUCAAAAUUUUGGCUGAUAUUAAGGAGUAAUUAUACAAGAAUCCAUGAAUUGUGAGAUGACUAAUGAUUGUUUGUAUCUCUGUUUCACGAGAGAGGAUAUCUGUUCUUACAAUAUGAAAUUGUUACCCAACUGUUUCCGUAUUUUGUACCUUUGUAUCGUGGGAAUCUUGUUUUAUUAAUGUCCAUUGAUCUUAUCA